GGUGACCGCGCAGGCCGCGUCGCGGAGACUUCUGGGAGUGCUCACUCGCCCUCGAAGUGCGCAAGCGCAGCGCAACGAGUGGACAUUUUGGUCUUUGUCCGCGGGUCAGUCCGGCCCCUGGCUCCACGUGGCGCCAAAGUAGGAGGGCCGCUUCCUUCUGCAUCCCUGGAAACUGCACCUUCCUCGUUCUUCAGAAGGCUCCAGGGCUCAGUCUGAGUUCCAGGAUGGUACUUUGGCCCCAGCAUUAACAUUCUAGUGCUGUAUCAUUUCCCCAAUAGCAGGUUGUAAACUGAACAAGCUGUAUGUGAUCCUCUGUUGGAACAAGAAGACAGCUCUGAGUGGUGGAAAAGAAGUGGAUAGGAAAUUUGUCCAGGGAUGCCAGUGAGUCCACCAUGUCUCCUGGAUGGAGCCUGCAUUCCUGGAUUCUGUUAUUAAAAACAAGCAGAAGAAGCCUGAGAAGAUGAUGAGCAGAUAGAGAGGCAACAAGACUUGCAUCCAUCUCCAAUAAAGUACAGACUGAGGAAAAAAGCAGUGAAUAUAAGAAAAUUGGAAAAAUACUUCCUCUGAUCUCAGACUUUACACCUUUUAAGGCAACACCUUUAUCAACUUACCUAGAAAGAGUUUGAAACAAUUUAGAUUUAAUCAUGAGGAAAGUUGUGUAGGAAAGAAUCAUCAAUUUACUUAGUUUGGAAAUCCUGCCACAGCUUAUUCUUUAUGAUAGUAACCCCCUUUGAGUGUAAAUCAGUGUGGAAAUGCCUUCAAUUAAAAAAAAUUUGAAACCCGUCUGAUACCAGAGCGUUCAUACUGGAGAGAAACCUAUGAAUGUACUGAAUGUGGGAAAACUUUCACUCACAUAUCACCCUUCAUUAAAUGUCGAAGUCAGGCUGGAGCGAAACCCUGUGCUUCUAAGGAAUAUUGAAAAGCCUUUAGCUAGAUGACAGAUUUCAUUGAGUAGAAGAAAAUUCACCUGGAGAGAAACCAGUGACAGUAACAAAACUUCACUGAGUAGUGGAAAAUUUAUACUUGGAGAGAAAGCUUUGAAUGUACUGAGUAUCGUAAAAUUUUCUCUCAAACUUUAAUCCUUACCCUACAAUUGAAAAGGUCAUACACAAAGAACUCCUACAGAUGUAAGAAAUGUGGAAAUACCUUCAGCCUAAAGUAAAUCCUCAUUCAUCAAGAAAUUCAUACUGGAGAGAAACCUUGUGAAUGUGGGAAAGCUUCCAUUCAGAUGUCACACCUCAGUCAGCAGAGAAUUUGUAGUGGGGGAAACCCCUUUGCCUGUAAGGUAUGUGGGAAAGUCUUCAGCCACAAAUCAAAUCUCACAGAGCAUGAGCAUUUUCAUAAUAGAGAGAAACCUUUUGAAUGUAAUGAAUGUGGGAAAGCCUUCAGCCAAAAGCAGUAUGUCAUUAAACAUCAGAACACCCAUACUGGAGAGAAGCUCUUUGAAUGUAAUGAAUGUGGAAAAUCCUUCAGCCAGAAGGAAAACCUCCUUACGCAUCAGAAAAUUCACACUGGAGAGAAACCUUUUGAGUGUAAGGAUUGUGGGAAAGCUUUCAUUCAGAAAUCAAACCUCAUCAGACACCAGAGAACCCACACAGGAGAGAAGCCCUUUGUAUGUAAGGAGUGUGGGAAAACCUUCAGUGGCAAAUCAAAUCUUACUGAGCAUGAGAAAAUUCAUAUUGGAGAGAAACCGUUUAAAUGUAGUGAAUGUGGAACAGCUUUUGGCCAGAAGAAGUACCUCAUAAAACAUCAAAACAUUCACACUGGAGAGAAACCGUAUGAAUGUAAUGAAUGUGGAAAAGCCUUCUCUCAACGAACGUCACUUAUUGUACAUGUGAGAAUUCAUUCAGGUGAUAAACCUUAUGAAUGCAAUGUAUGUGGAAAAGCCUUCUCUCAAAGCUCGUCUCUUACUGUGCAUGUGAGAAGCCAUACAGGGGAGAAACCCUAUGGUUGUAAUGAAUGUGGGAAAGCCUUCUCUCAGUUCUCAACCCUUGCUCUGCAUUUGAGAAUACACACAGGUAAGAAGCCUUAUCAAUGUAGUGAAUGUGGGAAGGCCUUUAGCCAGAAGUCUCACCACAUUAGACAUCAGAAAAUUCAUACUCAUUAAAAGCCCUGUGAAUACCUUGAAAAUGGGAAAGCAUUCAUCAGGAAUUUACACCUCCUAGCACACCAGAAAUAAUUGUUCUGAAGGAAAGCAUCACAAUGAGGGAAAGAAAAGCUAAAAACUUAUGGGACACCAUGCCGAGAAGGACAUUUGUAUGAUAAAAAUCCUGUGCUCAAUGAAAAAACCUCCAGCAAAGGUAAUGCUGAAACUUAAGACACAUUACCACUAAAAUUGGGAAUGGAAAACAUGCUUAUUGCUAUCUGCAUAGAUCUGGAGAUCUUCAGUGUAAUAACAAGAAGUCGAGUUUUGGAAAGGAAGAGACUUUUAUAAUAUUGCUUUAGCAGAACAGAAGAGAUUCUGGAAACACCUAUGCAUUUAUUAAAAUUUAGAAUAUGAUAGAAAUGGCAUCAGGAGGUGAGAAGAUAAUGGGACUAUUUAACAAAUGAUUUGGAGGUAUUUUGUUCUCCAAGGAAAAAAAAUAGACCAGGAACUAUAUGCAAAGGUAAGAUCUAAAGGGAUUAGAAGCAGGACUAUGACAAAGCUAUAUAUACUAAAAUUAUGACCUUGGGAGUAGGGAAACAUUCCUGACAACAAAAAUCCCUAGCAAUUCUCUGAGUUUCUAUGCUCAGGAAAUAUAUACCAGGCUAUAUACUGUGGCAUGAUUUGUAGUAGCCAUAAAUUGGAAACAACUUAAAUGCCCAUCAGGAACAAAAUGGAAAACAACUUAUGAUGGAAUACUGUAUAUCUGUAAAAUGUAACAAAUGAGAUCUACAUGUAUUACAGAGAAGGAUCUCAAAAAUUAAGUUGAGGGGGGAAAAUGAAGUUGCAGAAUGACACAUAUAGUACGAUGACAUUUUUGUAAAUUUAAAUUAAAACUUCUUUCACAAAAUUCAGUACUAUAUAUUGGUAAUGGAUACAUAUAUGUAUGUAUGUUUUUAAAAUGUUUUUGAAGUGGGUUGGAAGGAUACAGACCAAACUCUUGAUAGUGGUUGCCUGUGAAGAGUGGAGUGGGGAAUGAAUGGGGAGGGUUAGGGUAGGGAUUCAUUAAAGGGGACUUCAGUUUUAUAUAUAAACAUUCAUUUCUCUUAAAAAUGAAAAAGACUGCAAGUAAAUAUAUCAAAAUGUUGGAUAAUUCUGGGUUAUGGUAUAUGGAUAUCUUGUCUUAUUUUUUGUACUUUUCUGUAUUUUUAAAUUUUCUCAUAAUUGAUAAGAAUGGGGGUGAGGAUGGGAACACUGUACCUAUAGAAAUCAUGUUCUAAUGGAUUCAUUCCCAAUCAAAUACUAAACUUUUUAUAGAAAAUAUUUCUAAAAUUUUAUCAAUGAUGAGUUGAUGGACUUGCUCUCUAUGUAAUAUGAAAUAAUCUAUUUUAUUAAAAUUAAAAAUGACAGCAUAAUCCAA